CAAUAUCUCUAUUUAAGCCACUCACUCUACGCGUUAUUCCCAGGCUCUCUUUCACUAAAGUCUCUCGUUUCUCAUUUCCCACUGUUUCAAUUUUCAACAGAAGUCUUUGGCCCAUUUACUUCCUUUUUCAAGAUCUAUCUCAGAUCUUAUACAAUGACUAUGAGUAAUGGUUAUGGACACCCAGUUAGAUGUAAUGGAGAAGCGGAAACUGACAAACCCUUCAAGAUCUUCGUGGGUUAUGAUCCACGCGAAGAUCUUGCUUAUGAGGUGUGCCGCCAUUCAAUCUUGAAGCAUUCCUCAAUUCCUGUUGAAAUUAUACCCAUUGUGCAGUCAGAUCUUCGAAAAAAAGGCCUAUACUGGCGUGAACGAGGCCAAACUGAGAGUACUGAGUUCUCCUUCUCUCGGUUCUUGACCCCUUACUUAGCUGAUUAUGAUGGUUGGGCUAUGUUUGUUGAUUGCGAUUUUCUUUACUUAACUGAUAUCAAAGAAUUAAGGGACUUGAUUGAUGAUAAGUAUGCUAUAAUGUGUGUGCAUCAUGAUUAUACGCCUAAGGAAACCACAAAAAUGGAUGGGGCGGUGCAAACAGUGUAUCCAAGGAAAAAUUGGUCUUCAAUGGUGUUGUAUAACUGUGGUCACCCAAAGAAUAAGGUAUUGACACCUGAAGUUGUGAACACACAAACAGGUGCAUUUCUUCAUAGGUUUCAGUGGCUACAAGAUGAAGAAAUUGGGUCUAUCCCGUUUGUGUGGAACUUUCUUGAGGGACAUAACAGGGUUGUUGAGAAUGAUCCCACUACAUUUCCAAAGGCAAUACAUUACACUCGUGGAGGACCGUGGUUUGAGGCUUGGAAAAAUUGCGAGUUUGCAGAUCUUUGGUUAAUUGAAAUGGAGGAGUACAUGAAGGAAAGAAAGAAGACAACUGAGAAUUAGAUAGCACCGAUCGGUUGCAAAUAAUCUUUUGUUUUAAGAUCUGUUAGUAAUAUUAACUUUUUUCUUGCUCAUUCUUUGUGUUGAAUCCGAUAUUUGUAUUCUUGAUUUGUUUGUUUGCUCUUCAAUGCAAAGUUGAAUAAUCCUUUGGAGUAGUUACUAGAUAGGCCCUGCAGGCAGGCAUAUUCCUUCCAUAUAUUUAUAUAUGUAAUGCUUUAUUGUUUCUUUAUCUAUAGACCAGAUGAGUGUCAAUUUUUACCAUUUAUAUAUUGUUUUUAUUGUU